GUUGGUGCCAACAGCAAUGGCACUACCGCCAGCCCAAGAUGCAGCGACGGGGAAGCCCUUCAAACGAUCGCGUAAAGUCGUUGUGGACGUGUCUCUUUGCCGGUAUGCUAUCAUCAAGCGCUGCUUAAAAGACCGAGACUUUCGGCUCGUGCGGGCAAAGAAGUCGGAGGUUGAGUGGGACAUCUGGUGGAGCGACCGCGGCGAGCUGCUCAAAGAUGCGCGGCGUCUGAACGCGUUUCAGAAAGUGAACCACUUUCCCAGCAUGGAGGACAUUUGUCGCAAAGACUUCCUCGCCAACAACCUGAAUGCCAUGCGGAAGCUCCUUCCAGACGAGUAUGACUUCUUCCCGCGAUCGUUUCUAGUCCCUGCCGAGCGGGUCGAGCUGCAGCAAUGCAUGGACAACGACAAGCGUGGCGCCACGUACAUUGUCAAGCCACGAACGCUAUGCCAAGGCAAAGGCAUCAGUUUGAUUCAAUCGUUUCAAAAGCUAUCGACCAAAGAUCCGUGCGUCGUGCAAAAGUACAUUCACAACCCGCUGCUGAUUGACGGGUUCAAGUUUGACCUCCGUAUUUACGUGCUCGUGGUGAGCGUGGACCCGCUGGUCGUAUACGUCUUUCGCAAUGGCCUCGCUCGGUUUUGCACGACGCCAUUUCAAGCGCCGAAGCGGUCGAAUUUGCACCAAACGCGCAUGCAUUUGACCAACUACGCGAUCAACAAGAAGAGCAAAGACUUUGUCAAGUCGGUCGAUGAAUCCACGGGUAGCAAGCGCAGCUUGGCGUUUGUGAUGCAGCACCUGCAAGACGACCACGGCAUGGACCCAUGUGCUGUGUGGGCUGACGUGUGCGACAUCGUUCUCAAGACGUUGCUGGCCAUCCAGCCCCGCCUCGCCGCGAGCUACCGCAACUUUUUCGGCGCCGACGACGUCAAGGGGCGGCAGUGGGGACCCGCGGCCUUUGAAAUCCUCGGGUUCGACAUCAUGCUGGAUGAGCAAGGGAAGGCGUGGAUGGUGGAAGUGAACCACGCGCCCAGCUUUGCAGGAGACUCGCUACUGGACAGAAACAUCAAGACACCGCUCAUCGCCCAAGCGCUGGACAUCUUGGCCGUGACGAAUGAGACGAAGCGGUCGUUCCAAGCGGUACGCAUACACUGAAACGAAGAAGGCAAGUAAACAUGGGAGGGGUAGAAACAUCGCAAGGCGUGGAAGACUCGAUUGUGGAAUGCUACCGUCGCAACGAAAAAAGCCAAGGGAGUACUGGUGGAGCCCCCGCCCCCGGUCGUGGAACCACAAGUGGUGGAAUUGGCCGAAGAAGACGCAGUGGAACCCAUCGAUAAUGACGGAGGAGGGUCAGGUCCAAGUGAAGACGAAAAAGAAGAUGACGACACCCCAGCGAAAGCGAAGACUUCGUCGAGUAACCGCGUCCACCCCGACAGCACGACUAAUACGGAUGACAACAACCAAGGACGAGAGAUGGAAGCCUUUGGAAACACGUACGAGCUCAUCUACCCCCCACCCGCUUCCAGCUCCACCGCUUUGCACGUCAAGUAUGCGCGCAUCCUUGCCGCUGCCGACACGAACCGAUCCAAGUUGUGGGGUUGAGUUCGCGAACGAACGAUGCUGCCGAAUUAUAAUUCUUUUCCGGAAAUACUUCGCUCUAUCCGGAUGUUUUGUUUAACCUAACAUAACGUUGAG